AUGACACAAUAUGGGAAGUACUCUAUGGUUGACAAUUGGAUUUUCUACCGGGCAAGGGCCAAAGCAAGGGUAAUGUUGGAGGGUUCAGUUGCAGAGCAAUAUGAAAUUCUUGAGGACUAUUGCAAGCAAAUCUGGGCCACUAAUGCAGGUAGCACUGCUAAAGGAUACUGCAAAUGUUUGUUGUUGCUGUGGGAAUUGAUCCAGAAAAUGCAAUGUUCCAUAUAUUCUUAUGCAUUAUGUGAGAAAGAAAAUAUUGAAACUUGGAAGUGGUUCCUGAAUCUAUUGAAGAUAGAUAUGGAAAUAGAGAGACCACAAGUGUAUACCAAGAUGAGUGAUAGGCAGAAAAGUUUGGAAAAUGUAGUGGGGAUAGUUUUCAAUGGAGCAGAUGAGGUACCAAUUGAGUGGUAUCCCAUGUGGCCAUGUACUUGCAUGUGGGUAGCACGCCAUAAUGUUAUGGAGUAUAUUCAUGAAGUCUACCAGAAAGAGAAGUUUGAGAAGGCUUACAAUGGCAUAAUUGAGCCUAUGCCAAGUCCAGACUUUUGGCCAGAGACUGGGCUAAAUCCAUUCCACCCACCUACUAAGAGUAAUCUACUAGGGAGACAAAGAAAAUCUAGGAGAAGGGAAGUAGAUGAACCUCCACCAGGUGCUACCAGGAAUCGAAGAUUUGGAUAG